GGGAGAGUCUGGGCGGCGCGGUGAGACCCCAGGGGUGUGGGGCGGGGGAUCCCAGUCCCCGCCCUGUCUUCCCCGCCCCUCCCCCUGCCUCCUUCACGCCCCGCCCUCCUCCUCCCCUCUGGUUGGAAAGUUUCUAGAAUCUCUUCCCAGCGGCCUUUGCGGUUCCAACAUGGCGGAGCUGACGGUGGAGGUUCGCGGCUCCAACGGGGCUUUCUACAAGGGAUUUAUCAAAGAUGUUCAUGAAGACUCCCUCACAGUUGUUUUUGAGAACAAUUGGCAACCAGAACGCCAGGUUCCAUUUAAUGAAGUUAGAUUACCACCACCACCUGAUAUAAAAAAAGAAAUCAGUGAAGGGGAUGAAGUAGAGGUGUAUUCAAGAGCAAAUGAUCAAGAACCAUGUGGAUGGUGGUUGGCUAAAGUUCGAAUGAUGAAAGGAGAAUUUUAUGUCAUUGAAUAUGCUGCUUGUGAUGCCACUUACAAUGAAAUAGUCACAUUUGAACGACUUCGGCCUGUCAAUCAAAAUAAAACUGUCAAAAAAAAUACCUUCUUUAAAUGCACAGUGGAUGUUCCUGAGGAUUUGAGAGAGGCGUGUGCUAAUGAAAAUGCACAUAAAGAUUUUAAGAAAGCAGUAGGAGCUUGCAGAAUUUUUUACCAUCCAGAAACCACACAGCUAAUGAUACUGUCUGCCAGUGAAGCAACUGUGAAGAGAGUAAAUAUUUUGAGUGACAUGCAUUUGCGAAGUAUUCGUACAAAAUUGAUGCUUAUGUCUAGAAAUGAAGAGGCUACUAAGCAUUUAGAAUGCACAAAACAACUUGCAGCAGCUUUUCAUGAGGAAUUUGUUGUGAGAGAAGAUUUGAUGGGCCUGGCAAUAGGAACACAUGGUAGUAACAUACAGCAAGCUAGGAAGGUUGCUGGAGUUACAGCUAUUGAAUUAGACGAAGAUACUGGAACAUUUAGAAUCUACGGAGAGAGUGCUGAUGCAGUAAAAAAGGCUAGAGGAUUCUUGGAAUUUGUGGAGGAUUUUAUUCAGGUUCCUAGGAAUCUUGUUGGAAAGGUAAUUGGGAAAAAUGGCAAAGUAAUUCAAGAAAUAGUGGACAAAUCUGGUGUGGUUCGGGUGAGAAUUGAAGGAGACAAUGAAAAUAAACUACCUAGAGAAGAUGGCAUGGUUCCAUUUGUAUUUGUUGGCACUAAAGAAAGCAUUGGAAAUGUGCAAGUUCUUUUAGAGUAUCACAUUGCUUAUCUAAAGGAAGUAGAACAGCUAAGAAUGGAACGCCUACAGAUUGAUGAACAACUACGACAGAUUGGUAUGGGUUUCAGACCUUCUUCCACCAGAGGGCCUGAAAAAGAGAAAGGAUAUACCACUGAUGAAAGUACCGUCUCUUCUGUACAAGGUUCUAGGUCUUAUAGUGGAAGAGGCAGAGGUCGUCGGGGCCCUAAUUACACCUCCGGUUAUGGUACAAACUCUGAGCUGUCUAACCCAUCUGAAACUGAAUCUGAGCGUAAAGAUGAGCUGAGUGAUUGGUCGUUGGCAGGAGAAGAUGAUCGAGAGAGCCGGCAUCAGCGUGACAGCAGGAGACGCCCAGGAGGAAGAGGCAGAAGCGUUUCAGGGGGUCGAGGUCGUGGUGGACCACGUGGUGGCAAAUCUUCCAUCAGUUCUGUGCUCAAAGAUCCAGACAGCAAUCCAUACAGCUUACUUGAUAAUACAGAAUCAGAUCAGACUGCAGACACUGAUGCCAGCGAAUCUCAUCACAGUACUAACCGUCGUAGGCGGUCUCGUAGACGAAGGACUGAUGAAGAUGCUGUUCUGAUGGAUGGGAUGACUGAAUCUGAUACAGCUUCUGUUAAUGAAAAUGGGCUAGAUGAUAGUGAAAAAAAACCCCAGCGACGCAAUCGUAGCCGCAGGCGUCGUUUCAGGGGUCAGGCAGAAGAUAGACAGCCAGUCACAGUUGCAGAUUAUAUUUCUAGAGCUGAGUCUCAGAGCAGACAAAGAAACCUCCCAAGGGAAACUUUGGCUAAAAACAAGAAAGAAAUGGCAAAAGAUGUGAUUGAAGAGCAUGGUCCUUCAGAAAAGGCAAUAAAUGGCCCAACUAGUGCUUCUGGCGAUGAAAUUUCUAAGCUACAGCGUACUCCAGGAGAAGAAAAGAUUAAUACCUUAAAAGAAGAAAAUAAUCAAGAAGCAGCAGUCCUGAAUGGUGUUUCAUAAACUGAAGAAGUUCCUAGUUUACAGUUCUUUUACAUUACAUUUUACAAUAGUGCUUGUACAAGCUUGCCAAAGAUAGAAUAUGGAUCGCCAGUCUUUACAUCGCACUUUCAGUUCCUCCAUUUGGAAUUCAGAAAGGGGAGGGAUCCUGAAGAAAUCAUAUGUUAAACAUACUUUGACACCUACUGUGUUAAAAAUAUAUCAUCAGAUGUGCCUUGAGAAUAGUAUAUGUAACAUUAAAAAAGUUGCUGGCUAUA